AUGGAGCAACACGGUCCAGACCUGGCCUCCAAGAUCGGGCCCUGGAUCUUGCCUAAGCCGUUGGAGGUGACAUCCCCCGAAGCCACCCCCAGCGAACGGGCCUCGCCGACGGAGGAGACCAAGCGACGGAGGGCGGGUGGACCGAAGGCCCGUACCGGAUGUGCCACCUGCAAGACUCGCCAUGUCAAGUGCGACGAGCGGAAGCCCACUUGUUUCCGAUGCGAGAAGGUCGGCGUAACGUGCGAAGGCUACGUUGACCGCAUCGAUAGGAGGAGGAGAAGGCAAAAUCAAACCAUUGUCCGCCGGACGACCCCGCUACUCAUCGCACCCCGCUCUACGUCGUCUAAGAUUGAUUCUUGCAGCUCGGAACUUGUCCUGUCCACGACGACCCAAAUCCCUCGAUCUCUUUCAAGCCUCCCCGAGGUGUAUCGCAAGGAUGGCAUUUACUUCGACUAUUUUCGCCAUCAGGUUUCAACCAACUUGGCAGGUUAUUAUACCAGCCCAAAUUGGUCUUACCUGGUCAUUGGUGAAGGUCUGCAAGAUGACUGUAUUCACCAUUCAAUUUUGGCCGUUGGAGCACUCAUCCGUGCUUCACCGCAAGACACGAAGCAAGGCCUGAUUCGAAGGAAGGUCUUGCCACUAUCUUCGGAUGAUCAGGCUGUAACAGAGCAUCGCGAGGUUGCUUUGCGACAUCACUUGAAAGCAGUAAAGUCUUUAAGGGAACGGAUGGAGUUGAUCACGGCGUCAUCACCAACGACUAUUGUUAUCACUACUCUGCUACUCGUUGUUUACGAGCUGCUCCAGGGAGAGCCCAAGACAGCCGAGCUUCUUCUCAACUCAUGCCUUGGCCUGCUAAAGGACUGCAUCACUAUGUUUGAGAGCGAUUCCGGCAAUAGUGAAACACAACCUCGAGACGCCGAGUUUGACGACAUGGAGCAUGUGUUGCCCUGCAUGGCAGCCAUGAGCCAUGUCUCACAAUCACUCCAACCACUGCGGCGGCAUACUCACCCGUUCAAGAUCGAUCCUGGCUCUGACUUCCACAACCCGGAACAUGACUCUCUAUCGAAAUUCUUCAUCUCAUGGUGCAGGUUCUUCACCUUUGGCGUUAGUUUCGUUGGCAACACCGCCGAUACAGCAGCAAAUGGCGUCGAUCUGGAAACACUCCGCAGUCUUACUAUCCACCAGCAUAACUUCCUCUCGCAGCUGCAGAGAUGGAAAACAAUUAUACAAUACUAUGUCCAAAGUCCGAAGAUCGACACUGGAACUAAGAAGGGCCUUAGAAUCGUGCAGAUUCACUGGCUACUUCUCUACAUAACCCUCACAUGCUGUCUCGACCCAACCGAGAUAGCCUAUGACGCUUUCGAGAAUGAGUUUCGGGAUCUCACGUUCCAGUGUGUUGAUCUCUACCGCGACUGUGUCUCGCAACCACGUCCAACCUCUGUUCUGCUUGGACAGGGUCUUAUCUUGCCCCUUUGCACAGUUGUACGCGCAUGUAGGAAUCACGACAUCCGCAUGACUGCACUCCAAGCUCUUCACGAAAUUCCGUCUUCUAUGGUCUCCUGGGAUGUGGUGUCAAAAAUGGACGGGAUCCUGGGGGCCUUGAUACUCGAGGAGUCCGGCCGAGAUGAGAAUGGAUUUGUACCACCAAAGUCCAGGUGGUUCUGGCUGAAAGAUGUUUCUGUACAAGAGACGGGUCGGGUGCAUAAGGUCUACCAGAGACUGUUGCCAGGCCUUGACGGCAAGCCUGUUUUAACGAAGCUACGCCCUACCUCCAAUAUGCGGUCGAAGAUUUGCAAGACUGCCGGGUGUAACAAGGAGCACUUUCUAGGUACGGUUGUUGUAGAAUACUUUUGA